GUUCUUUUCAGCUGCGACUGCAAAAGAGUGAAAAGACCCCUUCUUCAAGCAUUUCAGUGAAACCCUCUGGCUUCUUUGAUUUAAGCUGUGGAUUAAGGCCAGUAUAAUCUCCUAUCAUGGGCACAGAACAGACCAAAGACUCUGUUAAAGAGUUAGACUGGAAAAAUAUAGGGGAAUCAGUGUCUAAUGAGCCAGGUAGCGAACAGGUAGCAAAGAAACGUCUCCCAAAAAGGAUCAGGCAGAUUCCAGAUUAUUAUUUCCUUCCUCGAAGACCCCUCCCAUCUGCCAUUGCAUUCUAUGGUGCAUGGAUUGCUGCUGGAAUUGGUGCUGGUAUGCUAGCAGAAGUAUGGAUAAAUAAGAAGAUCAAAGAGGAUGGAGGUGUAAUCUGGGAGUUUGGCAAAUGAGACUCGUUGGAUGUUACGAUUAUUACGCAUCUUGGCAUUGCCAAUGUGCCUAAACAUUAGCUCUCCUUCCUUUUGAUCUAUUAUGCAGCAGAGAAGAUGGUGAAGACUUGAUUCUGACUUGUUCAUAGAUAAGGUGAAGAACUGAAAAUGUUGUAUCAAGUGAAAGAAAGGGCAAGAGAUUGCCAUUCGAAACAAGCUUGGCAGUGUUUACAUCAUUGAAAAGAAAAAUUAAGCGUCUCCUUUUUCUUUCUUGCCCACUUGUGAAUAUUCUCAAUGCUGUUUGGUCUGGGGUAUUAAAUUAAUCUCUUCUUGUUUUUAA